AUGAUGACCUUGUUCAGUCGCUCAUCUGCGCUUGAUUUGGCCUAUGUUAUCUUCACCUCUGGCAGUACGGGUGAUCCGAAGGGUAUAAUGAUAGAACAUCGAGCCUUUGCGUCCUGUGCCCUCAGGUUUGGGUCUACCCUCGGCAUCAACAGCGAUACUCGCUCUCUUCAAUUCGGCUCUCACGCCUUUGGUGCGUGUAUUCUCGAAAUCAUGACGACUCUGAUUUACGGUGGCUGCGUCUGUAUUCCAUCUGACGACGAUCGCAUGAGCAAUGUUCCAGCCUUUAUCAACCGGUCCAAAAUCAACUGGAUGAUGGCGACGCCCUCUUACAUGGGUACGUUCCAGCCAGAGGACGUCCCUGGGUUACAGACUUUGGUGCUUGUUGGAGAGCAGAUGUCUCCAUCAGUCAACGCCAUUUGGGCCUCUCAAGUUCAGCUCUUGGAUGGUUAUGGCCAGAGCGGGAGCUCGUCUAUUUGCUUUGUUGGUAGUAUUAGCCCGUUAGGCGCAGAUCCAAACAAUAUCGGUCUCGCAGUUGGUGCUCAUUCAUGGAUCAUCGACCCCAGUGACCCCAAUCGGCUUGUGCCAAUCGGCGCGAUUGGCGAGCUGGUCAUUGAGAGUCCAGGCAUCGCACGCGACUACAUCAUUCCUCCUUCAACAGAGAAGUCGCCAUUUUUUGGAACAGCACCUGCUUGGUAUCCUUCGAAACAACUACCUGAAGGAUUGAGAUUCUACAGGACAGGAGAUCUCGCACGCUACGCAUCCGAUGGCACCGUUGUUUGUCUCGGUCGCAUGGACUCACAGGUCAAGAUCAGAGGACAGCGUGUUGAGCUGGGUGCAGUGGAGACUCACCUGCGCCAACAAAUGCCCGACGAUAUGUCCAUCGUGGUUGAAGCUGUUAAGCCGUCGGACUCGCCUAUUAGCACGGUUCUCGUCGCCUUCUUAAUACCUUAUAUACAAAGCGGACGAGACAUAUCCCCUAGCUAA